GAGAACUAUAAGGCCCCAAAACCAAUUAAACGUAAAACUGCAGAUUGUCACUUCCUUCCCCCACGAUUUAACUUCAAGCUAGAGGAGGAGAGGAACCCAGAAGAAGAAUCACUAUCAUCAGUUCUUUCCAAGUUUGAUUUGUAACGAAAGAUUCUGCUUCGAGCAGUGAAAGCAAAUCUGAAGAAGCAGCGAACAUCCUCCAGAUGGGAGAUACUUCAUUCCUCGAUAGAAUGCUUCUCCACCUUCGCUCCACUUGCAAGUACUACAGUGGUUACCCUAAGGAUCUCGGGCCAUCGCGUGUUAUCCAUUUUACUUCGGAAAGAGAGUUUGUCCAGCUCCUUCACCAGGGCUAUCCUGUGGUUGUCGCAUUCACCAUUAGAAGUAACUACACACAACAUCUUGACCGGAUGCUUGAGGAAGCUGCUGCUGAGUUCUAUCCCAACAUCAAGUUCAUGCGAGUUGAAUGCCCCAAGUAUCCCGGGUUCUGCAUAACUCGCCAGAAAAGUGAAUAUCCCUUCAUUGAGAUAUUCCAUAGCCCACAACAAGCGGGUAAUGAAGGAAAGGUCCAGGAUCCGAAUAUCACCCGGUACUCUGUGAAAGUCGUACCUUACAAUUAUGACAUGAGUCCUUAUGGGUUCAGAGAGUUCUUCAAGCGCCAGGGGGUUCGUACUUCGGAUCCGAAGUGAUGCAACUUGAAGGUCGGUGCGUAUUCAAAAAGCUUUUGAGUGUAUCAAUGGCUUCUAUGAGCUACCAAUGACUGUUUUUAAGAACUAUUGUAAUACUACUUUUUCCUUCAAAAGAAAUAAACAAAAUCAUUUCUGAAGUA